CGGACAGACGUGCAAUAGAUGUCUCCCCACAGUCAGUGUCAGUUCGUCUUCGAAGAAAGAGUGAUUCCUGUUCGUUGGCUGAAAACUGAUCCCCAGACCCUGAACCUGCGUUGAAUCUGACCACUCAUUUCCUGCUGCCCCCGAUGCCAGUGUCCUGUCUCUCCACCUGUCUCCGUGCCGGUGCUCUGUGGAUUCUGAGAUUCCCGUCCACUCCCUGCGGACCUUUAGACGCCACCGUCACCCCUCGACCCUCCGGCCCGUUCACCACCUCAGAGACUUUCUCCCCUUACCUUUUCCCCUGAACUCAAUAAAACUCCACUUGUUCGUACACGCAUUUGGGUCUCCUGUUCCGUACUCUGACAGUACGAACUGACCAUCAUGGACCCAGCGGGCGGACACAGCAACAUGGAGACAUCACCGGAACCGCCAGCCCUGGAACGUUUGGGUCGUGCGGAGAGUGACAUGAGAAGGAUGACCGGCGACAUUGCCUCCCUGGUCCGGCUCGGCCACCAGCACCAGCAGCAGUUCCAGCAGCAACAACAGCGAAUCCAGGGCCAGGAACAACAAUUGGCCCAGGUCAUUCAGCUGCUCACUCAACUGACCACUCCAUCUGCACCAGUGUCUCCAGACCCAGGCAGCCAAGGUCCCAACAUCCAAGUUCCAGUGAGACCAGCCCCAGCUCUGGAUGCCCCUGAGCCCAAAAUCGGAAACCCUGAGUGCUUUGAUGGGGAUCCAAGACAAGUACGCGCUUUCCUAACAAGUUGCCGAGUCCAGUUUGCAUUGCAGCCUCGAACCUUUGCAUCAGAAGCUACCAAGGUGGGAUACGUAAUCACGCAUCUGACGGGCCGAGCUCGACUGUGGGGAGCAGCUGAAUUCAACCGCCAGACCCCUGCCUGUGCCUCUUUCGAUGCCUUCGCGAAGGAGAUGGAGAAGGUGUUCGAUGGCGGUUCCCCGUCAGCAGAGGCAUCACGGGAACUGAUGCGAAUACGCCAGGGUAACCGAACAGUGGCGGACUUUUCAAUCGAAAAUUGGCCACAGCUUGUGGAAUAUGCCCGCAUUGGUCGACGCCUUCCUUCACAGUCUGUCCGAUUAUCUCAAAGAUGAGCUUGUCUCUCACGACCUGCCCAAGACUCUGGACGAUGCCAUCGCAUUGGCAAUUCGCAUUGACCAACGAAUCCAGGUCCGCCGAAGAGAGAAGGGACGCUCCACCCAGUCCUCUGUCCGCACUCGGGGUGAGCCCACUACCGAGUUGCCCCCUCCAUCCACGUCCCAGAGCCAGUCUAACCAACCCGAGCCCAUGGAAAUCGGCCGCGCUGCCCUCACUUCCAAAGAACGUCAGCGCCGCUUUAGCACGGGCCUUAGGCGGACACCAACUCGGCACGGUGACCCACAUCACGGCCACCCUAAUAAUGGCACUCUCAGGAAACCACCAGGAGUUCAUUCAGUUUCACCUUCUGACUUCACCCGGACAACCCAUCAUUCUGGGCUAUCCAUGGCUUCCUGCUGCCCCCGACGCCAGUGUCCUGUCUCUCCACCUGUCUCCGUGCCGGUGCUCUGUGGAUUCUGAGACUCCCGUCCACUCCCUGCGGACCUCCAGACGCCACCGUGAAUUACAAUGACUGAUAAAAUGACAAUGAAUUACAAUGACUGAUAAAAUGAUUACAGUAGCAGA